AUGUCGAACCCGAGGGGAGCAAUAGACCCAAUCCCAAAGCUAUUCCAAGGGACUUGGGAGGGCGAAAACAAAAUUGUGGUGGGAAUUGAUAUUGGAACGACGCAGAGUGGAGUAGCUUUUGCAUUUCUUGAGAAAGGCCAGGAUCAAGCUAUCCAGCGGGUCACCCAUUGGCCAGGACAAGAGGCCCAGAGUCUCGCGAGCAAAAUACCGACUCUCGUGUGGUAUAACACGGAUAAGGAGGCCGUCUCAUUCGGCGCCGAAGCCCUAUCGCCACAGGCAGAAGAGGAAGCCGAGGACAAUGAGUGGCAACUUGCGAGGCAUUUCAAGUUACACUUGCAUCCCGGGAGCAUGAGGAACGAGCAUGGGCUAGCUCUCGAUCCAUUGCCACCUGGCAUCUCCCUCCUACGAGUCUACUCUGACUUCUUGGGCUACCUUAUUCGCCAUACGCAGACAUUUUUCGAGGAUCGCAUUAUAGAUGGAAGGCUUAUAUGGCAGAAACACAGGCCCAGUAUGCAGUUCAUCAUUGCCCAUCCUAACGGUUGGGGAAUUCGUGAACAAGCAUUCCUCCGAACUGCAGCAACCAACGCAGGUCUCGUUACGAAUGCUACCGCUGCUACUUGUAUUCGAUUCGUAACAGAGGCUGAGGCCUCGGUCCACUUUUGUAUCUACCAUACGAACCUCGGUAGCCGCUUGAAGCCUGGGAUGAAAUUUGCUGUUUGCGACGCUGGCGGUUCCACCGUAGACACAACAGCGUACUCCGUUAUUUCAACCCGCGUUCCUAUUGAGCUGGAAGAGGCACACGCUUCGGCAUGUGUGCAAGCUGGGGCAAUAUUUGUCAAUGCGGCUGCCGAGCAGCACAUCCAAAGGACUCUAACUAGUGCCAACCUACCUUCGGAAGAUGUUGCUGACUAUUCAAAACGAGGCAUUCAGGAUUUUGAGAAAAACCUCAAGCGACAAUUCGCUGGAUCUGCGGACUCCAAGACGGUAGAGGUUGCCGGCACUCGCACAAACUAUCCAGCUAUCGGAAUCCGUCGUGGACAUAUGUCCUUGUCAGGGGAAAGGGUUCAAAAGUUCUUCGACAUUUGUGUGAAUGAGAUCAAGUCAAGUGUAGAUCAACAGAUUCAGGGGUUAAACAUUUCACACAUACUUCUUGUUGGAGGGUUUGGGGAUAGCCCAUACCUCCGACGGGUGUUCAAAGAUCGCUACGAGCCACAGGGCUGUCAGAUCACUCUCACUAAUGACUCCACAUCAAAGGCAGUUGCCGAUGGUGCAAUCAUCUGGAGUACGACAAGUAACGUCACUGGUCGUGCACCUCGCUCUUCGUUUGGUAUAGAAACAUCGAUGCGCUAUAAUUCUGGAAACGUGGAUCAUCAGGGACGCGAGGUUAUAACUUGCCCCUCAGGUAACCAGAAGGUUUCUGGCAUAUGGUCGCAGAUUGCUGCAAAGGGUGUGACUAUCGAUGCAAGGGCUGUUGCACGCGAAUCAUUUUCUCAAGCUUUUAGCUCGCCGAAUCCAGACUUGAGCAAUUUCGAGGUAUCUCUUAUUUCAUAUGCUAACAACGGAGAGCCAAUGUGGGCGAGGGACAAGCGAGGUGUAUUCGCUAAUGGAUUUCAAAACUGUUGUACCAUCUCCGCUGAUUUGACAAACCUGAGCGGGGCACUAGAACCUAGGAUUGGUGUACAUGGUAACAAGUAUUGGCGCCUGUAUUUUGAAGUUUGUAUCCGAUUUGGAGGAACAGAGCUUGAAGCCUACUUGGAGUGGGAAGAGAGGGGCGCUACCCGUACCGGUGACGUCACCAUUGUACCAGACGACCCAGUCGAAGAGAUACUCGGCCGAUUUAACACUCCACGAGAGGAUUUUAUUUAUACUGCCUCCGAGCACAUGGGGAUAGGGCCCGAAAGUGAUAUAAGAAACUCCGCUAUAUCCAUUCAAAAGACUGUUAUCAACGGACAUCCGUUCAAGCUCAUCAACACCCCAGGAUUUGAUGACCCACAUAAAGGCAAUCUUGAGGUGUUUGUAGACAUUGCUCGAUAUCUACUGAGCGAGGAACUCAAGUCUGGCGUCAAAGGCAUAGUAUAUGUGCACUGCGCGACCGACCCCCUGCAGAGUAGAUCUUUGAUAGAAAACCUGAACGUGCUAUUCAACAUACUGCUUGGUCAACCUGCUCUUCGCAUCCUCACGGUCCUAGUUGUCCCACCUUCCUCUAAGGGGGUGGAAGAUGCCGGCGCCGUCGUUGCUGAUAUGCAGACCUCUGACUCAGCUUUCUCCGCAGCCCAAAAGGCUGAGGCUCGCAUCAUGGCUUCUGUGCUUGAUGAUGUGGAUGUGUUUAAUGUUCUCAGCAAUUUCAUGAAGAACGAUCUUGUCCAGCUGAAAGUCCAGCGCGAUCGACCUGCCAAUAUUCGUCACACCAUUGAGCAAGCCCUGGGAUACUGUGAUAUCAGCUCAGUCAGUGCUGCCCUGACUCGUCAGAAGGAAGAAACGACGCGACAGUAUCAACCUAGUCUCGUGGCCGCCAAGAGGGAGCUAGAAGUAACUCGAACCGCACUCGAGCACGCGCGAAGACUACUGGCCGAAACCCAGGAGAAAGCGGAGAGGUACCAAGCCGGAUAUCGCCAGCUGGAAGUCCAAAUCGGAGGAGAACAAAAACGCUCGCAAGACCUAGCUCGUAAGCUCCAAGACACCCAGGCUGAGUAUUCUUCAUUACGAUCUCAGCUCCAACUGCAAGAGAACACCGAACAGAGUGAGAUCGUACUCGGUCUCAAAGACAUCAACCGAGCUAUCGAAGAUAUCGGCCGUGCGUUUUCUGCACACUUCACCGACCGGCAUGCAAACGCAGCAUUCAACAAAGAUCCAUUAGAGGUCACUACAUUAGACGCUCGAGACUUGACCGCAUUACAAGUCGCAUUCAACCAUAUGGAAGGAGAGCCAUCUUUUAUCAAGUCCUCAGAUGGUGCUGGCAUGAUGGUCGAGGACUUCUUUGACUACGGUAUCCGCCAUCUGCUCUGCUCGUUCUUAUGGCAGCGCAUUUUCACUCCCUUCCAUCCCCGACUUAACGAUCCAUUCGAUCAGCUAUUGACGGGUAUCUACCAAAACAUACAACGACGAGAGCCUCAAGCUGCAUCAGGCAAGUGGCGUGUAAACACAUAUAUAGGUAUCGACUCGAGCGACCACGAAGGCCUUGCAAAAGGCGAGAUUAUUGCAAGCCAUGCAACACACUUCUGUGAAGGGAUCAUCGCCAUUGCAAAAGCGUUCUUCGGUCAGGACCAGGACGUUCAGCUUGAAGCAGCUCACUCCAGUCAGGUCCACAAGCUGAUGCAAGAAGCAUGGGACUGGAAUGCACAACUGAAAGGAAAGGUGGUCGUUCUGGGCGACUUUUAUCAGAUACGCUACGAACCGCGAUCGCCCCUUGACCCCAAUUUCAUGGAAGAGUUCGAGCCACGCAAAGGGGUUAGCGCCGAAAAGAUACUGGGUACGCUGGGGCUGGGGUUGAUAUCUGCACAGGCUGUGGGUGGAGAGCAACCUCUCGAGACAACGGUUGUAUGCAAAGCAACCGUCGCGACCGAAAGCCUGUACAGCUAG